AGUAGUGAUAAGUCAGUGAAAUUGUGUUCACGUUCGAAAAGUCUCUCAAUUGCAUUUCCUAGGCCUCAGAUUUGGUGUAGGUCCUACCGAAGAUGUAUAAUAUCGUCUUAUGAAAGUUUUUACCAGAUCAGGGCGUGUAGCAUGGGACCAUACUCUCUGAAAGAUUGUUGCUCUCACAAAAUGGACCCCUCUCCAAGUUGCAAUGGAUUUCCCGAGCCGGAUCGGGUGUCUGACUCUCAGAAAAGAACUCCCUCCAUGCCGUGGUUUGGAAUGGACAUCGGGGGCACACUGACCAAGUUGGUGUAUUUUGAGCCGCACAACUACACUUUUGAAGCCGAUGAUGUUGAGGCGGAGGUACUCAUGAAUAUCCGCAAAUAUCUCACGAAGAAUUCGGCAUAUGGAGCCACAGGUCACCGUGAUAUUCAUUUACAGAUGGAUAAUGUAAUGGUGAAUGGCCGAAAAGGAACUUUACAUUUCAUAAGGUUUCCAACAAGCGAGAUGCACAACUUCAUCGAAUUAGCCAAGAGCAAAGGUAUGGCCAAGUUAGUCACAUCCGUCUGUGCAACUGGGGGUGGCGCUUUCAAAUUUGAAGAUACGUUUCGGCAGGAAGUGAAUGUGAAGUUAGAAAAACGGGACGAACUAGACUCGCUCAUUCAAGGCAUGCUGUUCGCCGACACAAACAAUUCUCAUGAAUGUUAUUAUUGGUCGGAUCCAAAAGAGGAGGACUCGUGUCAUAAAAUGACAUACGACUUCAGUCAGCCUUACCCAUUUUUAGUUGUAAAUAUAGGAUCUGGUGUUAGUGUUUUAGCUGUUUAUGGACCGAAUGACUACAAAAGAGUUUCAGGAACUAGUUUAGGUGGCGGUACAUUCCUCGGACUCUGUUGUCUACUAACAGGCUGUAACUCGUUUGAAGAAGCCAUCGAACUAGCAACGCUAGGUGACAACAAAAGCGUUGACAAACUAAUCAAAGAUAUCUAUGGAGGUGACUACGAGCGUUUCGGGUUGCCGGGAGAUUUGGUCGCCAGCAGUUUCCUUGGUGUGUUCAGCUUUGGACAAAUGGCGCUGAAGGAAAGGCGCGAUGCGGUGUCCCGAGAAGAUCUUGCGAGAGCAACGCUCGUCACCAUCACCAACAAUAUUGGUUCCAUCGCUCGAAUGUGUGCGCUCAAUGAGAAGAUCAACAGGGUGGUGUUCGUAGGAAACUUCCUGAGAGUGAAUCCAAUUUCAAUGAGGCUUCUAGCUUACGCAAUGGACUUCUGGUCCAACGGUACACUCAAGGCUUUAUUUUUGGAGCAUGAGGGCUACUUCGGAGCCAUCGGAUCCCUGCUUGCCUCAGAUGACCGAGUAUGAACAAACCGGCCGCGCCUCACCAGCCAAACAUUCCUUCAACUCGAAGCGCACGCUCUCGCUAUUUAUUCUUCUCUAUUUAUUUAUCAGUAAAUAUGGAUUUAUUUAUUUCAGUAGUUGUAAUUUUUAACAGUGAGAUCCAUUCCUCUGCCAAGUUGGUCAAUGGUGCCUUUCGAAACUGGAAAGAAGUCAAAUGCAGUAUUGUGUAGCACUUAUGAUGUUUUGUCAUUGUAAACCAGUGAAAAUUUUCACAAUUUGGCUGUACACUUGUGUCCUCACUUGAGUCCUCUAUAAGUAAUCGAUUCUUGGUGAGGCCGUUUGCAUCAACGAACAACGGUUGUUUCUUAUGCGUUGAAAUGUAUGAAAUCCAGUAUUGCCAAUUUGCAAGAAUUGUCACUGAUGUAAGGAUUAGUACUGUAAAUCAUGUUUUUAGGUUUCAUGAUGCCAAAGUUCUUAAAAGUAUUGUGGCAAACAAUAUGUCCAGGAUCAGAUGCAGUAAACUGUCCGAUUUUUGCUUGAUUUGUGCGCAAAAGUUCGGAUUCUAUGAUAAUCUCUUGAUUGCUAUGCUCUCUUUUAAGUGAGAAUUUGUUGGAAUUUUUUACAUAAAUUAAGUAAAAUUCAUUAUGAGUUUUAGAGUUACCACUUUAUGUUUGGGAAGGAUUCAUAUCAAAUAUUAAUACCUAAGAACGUUUUUUUAUUUUUUCAACUCAAAUGAUGCUUAAAUUUGGAGUCUGUAGUCAUCCAUUGACUCUGUUAUUUUCGUUGAACGUUUCUGUUGUUACGUUUCACUAUAGUAAUCACAACAUUUGAAUGUGUAUUUAUCAGAGGAAAGAAACCAAAAAAUAUCUCCGGUAAAAGGAACUUUUCUUAUGUUUUUGAAUGUAAGCUAGAGAAUGGUCAAAACGAAGCACUCCUCUACACUUCUGGGGGGAAAAAUACAUCCUUUACAAAAUAAAUGUACUUUCUGUAAUUUGCCUCCAAGCAAGUGAAUUCAAUUUAAUUAAAUUAGCGAAAUUUUAAUUUAAUUUAUUUAAAUUUCUUUUCGAUUUACUCUCUUUUGCAGACCAUGUUUGAAACUUACCUUUGAAUAGAUGAUGUACUGACUCAUUAAUACAAAGGCAUCAACAUUGGUCAUUUAGAGUUAUUUGCCUACAAAUGUUAUUGUUCUUUGAUCUAUUCAGGUGUUUGCAUUUAGCCGUUUCUCUAGUUAUUGACUUUACAUCAUAUCUGCCCAAAA